UGAUCAUUGCCGGUGGACAUCGUGGUCUCUUACAAUUGAACAAAGUUUGAGGAGUACGCAAUAAAUACCGUGGAAAUUUAAUGUCGCGAACUUUGAUAUUUCUACUGUCUGGUCAAUUUUCCUCUGCUAUCGUUUUUACGUCUAUAAAUAAUUCGAGUUCUUGGCAAUGACGUCCUGGUGGUCGCCAUUUGUGUACAGCGACAAAAGAACUGAAGAUCAGGCAGCUAGUCAGUAAUUAAAACGAACACACCGAGAGAGAUGAAGGUGAUUGCAGUAACAAUGCUGUGUAUCCAGCUAGUCACGUGCUCAAGAAUACUGGCUUUAUUCCCACACGUGGGCAAAAGCCAUUAUGACGUAUUUCAUCCAUAUCUGAAGAAACUUGCUUCACGCGGGCAUGAAGUUGUGGUCGUGAGCCAUUUCCCUCAAGAAAAUCCUUUACCAAACAUCACAGACAUAAGUAUCAAGGGUUCAGUUCCCAUGGCGUCUAUGCAGGCCAUCUCGUUCAAGGAAGUUGAGUCGCUGGGUUCCAUCCUCAAUGCAGUAAUUCUGUCGUAUUUGGCAGAUCUACAUUGCAAGUCCAUCCUGUCGCUAUCGAAAGUACAGCAACUCGUCAACCAAAGAUUCGACUUGAUUAUUACCGAACUCUUCAACACAGAUUGUUUCUUGGGACUCGUACACAUCCUCAAAACGCCGUUCAUUUAUUUUAGUUCAAGCGUUUUGAUGCCGUGGGCAAAUGAUAGAAUUGGAAACCCAGAUAAUCCAUCGUACAUUGCAAAUAUAUUUCAAUCGCAUAGUGAUAAGAUGAGCUUCUUGGAGAGACUUUCGAACACUAUCGACACUGUUGUGGACAAGUGGAUCGUAUAUCCUCUGCUCUUCGAUCUACCAGGUAGAUCGAUCGUCGAGAAGCAUCUGGGAGCGCCGAUGCCAAGUCUUUGUGAUAUUGCGAGACGUGGAAGUUUGAUCCUGGUUAACAGCCACUUCAGUCUAAGUAAGGCAAGACCUCUGGUUCCAGCAGUCGUCGAAGUAGGAGGCAUCCAUAUUGACGCACCUCCUAAGAAACUACCCAAGGUAGUUUGACAAAAAAGCACAUAAUGACACUUCCUGGCUCUCAUCAUUUCAGUAAUUUAUCGCUACAGACGUCGUGGGUCUUGCCGGUCGCAGUGGCCACGCGGUCUGAGGCAUGGACCUCGUGCGCCUGGCCGCUGGGACCGUGGGUUCGAGUCCCACUCAAGGCAUGGAUGUUUGUCCGCGUAUUUC